AUGGGAUGCGUGAAGAUCGAAAUAAAAAAAAAAACCAACAAGAACUACCUCAAGGCCACCUUCUCAAAGCGGCGCAAGGGUCUCUGCGGCAAAGCCACUGAUCUUUCCCGUUUGACUGGUUGCCCGAUCGCCCUUAUCGUCUUUUCGCCUGCUAGCAGACUGUUCCUCUUUGGGCAGCCCUCUGCGGAAACCGUCAUAGAUUGCUUUCUUGCCCAACAAGCUCCAUUCACAGAUAAUGAUCAUGAGGAUGAGAGUUUUGAAUCCAUUCAUGGCGUCGAUGACCGUGAAGAUUUAGAAAACAACCAAGAGGAAUAUAAACAAGAGGAUGAGAUGAAUGACGAAAAGUUCUGA